AUGACCCAGGGGGACUGGGCCGUGUGGCUGCCUUUAGCUCUGCUGCUUCUCUGGGUCCCAGGUUGUUUUUCUCUGAGCGGCCCCAGCACCGUGAACGGCACUGUGGGGGGAUCCCUGAGCGUGCAGUGUCGGUAUGAGGAGGAAUACAGGACAAACAACAAAUACUGGUGCAGAGAACCGAUUAUUUUAUUAUGUGACAAGAUCGCGGAGACCAAAAAGUCAGAGAGAAAAGCAAGGGGCAGCCGAGUGUCCAUCAGGGACCAUCCUGAAAACUUCAGCUUCACAGUGACCAUGAAGAACCUCAUGGUGGAGGACACAGGCACGUACUGGUGUGGGAUCGAUACACCAUGGCACAGUAUGAAGAGAGAUCCCAUCUUGCAGGUUGAGGUGUCCGUGUUCCCAGUACCCACAUCAAUGACACCUACAAGUAUGAGUUUCCCUGUGGCCGAGACUUCGACAGUCACAACUGAAGUUCCAGCUGCGUUGUCCACUUCCCUGGCCACAGUGAGUGCCACCCACAAUACAAACAUCCAGGACGACUUCCAGCAGGGCCCAGACCCAAGGCUCCCGCUGCUGCUCUUCUUGUUAGCACUUUUGCUGCUUCUGUUGGUGGGGACCUCGCUGCUGGCCUGGAGGAUGUUUCAGAAACGGGGCAAAGCUGGGAAGCAUUCAGAGCCCUCCCAGAGCCCCAGGCAGGCUGCCGAGCAGAGUGAGCCCCACUAUGCGAACCUGGAGCUGCAGACAUGUCCCCUGUGGAAAGAGCCAGUGCCACCAAGGCAGGCAGAGAUGGAGUACAGCACAGUGGCAGCCCCCAGGGAAGAUCUUCACUAUUCCUCGGUGGUAUUUGACGUCCAGAGUCGGGAUUCUAAUGCCAGCAGGAGUCCCUCCCAGAGACCCCGGGAGGAGGAACCAGAGUACAGCGUCAUAAAGAAGACAUAG